GCACCAACCCUAGCCUCUUUCCCUCCUCGAGCCGCCGCCACCUUCUUCUCUCUGGUAAGAAAACCCUACCGAACCAAAAAGCAACCGGCCACGCCGUCGUCAACCGCCGCCUCGCCAUGAACUCCGUCGAUGCCACCUGAGCACGGGAACACGUCCGCGCCGAUCUCCUCGUCGUCCUCGUCUUCUUCACGGAGCAAAGGACGCCAAGUUCUGCUCGGCAACUUCGUCAUCGCCAACGUCUACCCGGCCACCUCGUCGUCCUCGUCUCCGGCUACCUCUCCGCCGCUCCCUCCUCGUCGUCAGCCACCCCAGGCAUUUGCUUCUUCCCGGAUAGAAUCACGAAGUGGUGUUGUGAGAUACGACAAGUUCUUCUGCAGCUUUUCACAGGUACGAGAUGACGACGUUAGCAAGGUUACCCUUCCGGCUUGGCCUGGGCAGGGUUAUGGACGCCACUGGUUAUCUUCAGGACUCUUAGUCCAAUUUGUAUCUUGUCCGUACUCGGACGUAUUCGAUCUUCUCUAUGAGUUGGAUCUUUGUAUUGUAUAUUUGUAUCUUUACUCGUUGGAGUCGUUGUUGUAAUAUAUGUUUCUUGUGGGCUC